CACCAUGAGCUCCACGAAGCUGCGCAAGGUGUCCCAGACCUCAAAGAUUGUGGAGGAGCAGUCAGUGCAGCGUAAGAUCUCAGCGGUAGUGGAGUCUUUCAGCCAGGUGCAGAAGUCUUUUGAGAUCCCACCAGGAGAAAGUGUCCCGGAUUUUGAAGAGAAGCCACGCCCCAUCACGGCCCAAGAGGGGGACAAGGCCUCCUUCAAGGUGAAGGUGUCAGGGAACCCCAAACCCUCAGUGACAUGGAAGAGAGAGAGCGGGAAGCCAAUGACAGAGGGGGUUCAGACCUUCUUUGACAGCAUCAACAAGCAGCAUGUUCUUAAGAUCAAAGCUCUUACCAUGGAAGACGCUGAUGUUUACAAGUGCAUUGUCUCCAAUGAUCAUGGAGAUGCAAUCUACUCUAUGUCGCUCAUUGUCACAGAAAAUCCAGCAAUGGACUUCAAGAAGAUGCUGAAGAAAAGGAGUGUCCCAGCAGUCAAGAAGGAGGAGAAGAGGCCGAUCACAGAGGAGGAGAUGCUAAAGAUCUUGUCUGGGGCCGACAAAAAGGACUAUGAGCGCAUCUGCGCCGAGCACGGCUUCACGGACUUCAGAGGAAUUCUGAAGAAGCUGAAGGAGAUGAAGAAGAAAGUGGAUGUGGAGAUGGUAAAGGUUCUGAAGCCACUGGAAGAUGUCACGGAAAAGGCUGGUGCAAAUGUGGUUCUUGACACUAUUCUGGAGCUGAAGGACCCCAACAUGAAGAUGAUGUGGUUUAAGGGUACGGAGUUGCUGAGGAUCCAGUACUCCCUGGGGAAGUAUGAGCUCAAGCAGAUGGGAACGAAGUACAUGCUACAUAUCUCUAACGUGAGCCUGCAGGACUCUGGGACCUACACCCUCCAGGUUGGAGACAAGACUCUCUCUGCCAAGCUUACCGUCAUAGAUGAGCCGCUGAAGUUCCUGACAGAGCUCAAGCCAAUGCGUGUGACAGAGAGGCAGACGGCUGUCUUCGAGGUGCGCCUGUCCAAAAAGUCUGAUUUGCCUCUGGUGUGGAAGUUCAAGGGCAAGGAGGUGAAGAGAGAUGAGAAGUUUGACGUGACGGUGUCAGAAGAUGGGCUCACCUACACACUGAAGAUCAAGGAUGUGCGCCCCAGUGACACUGGCGACUACACCAUGAGCAUCGGGGACCUGACAGCCACCGCGCCGCUCUUCAUCGAAAGGAUCCCCAUCAAGUUUGUGAGCCACCUGAAGAAUGUGCGUGUGAAGGAGAAGGGCAAGGCCAGGCUGGAGUGUGAGAUGAGCUCCAAGGAUGUCCACAUCCGCUGGCUGAAAGACGGCAGGGAUAUCACCAAUAACCCCCGCUACACCUUCAUGCGAGAGGGCAAGCGAGCUGAGAUCAUCAUUGAUGACUGUGACCUGGCGGACAGCGGGGAGUAUGCCAUCGUCUGCACCCAGGACAGUGAUGCCAAUGAGUAUGUCAGCUCCUCCAACCUCACUGUAGACGAACGCUUCGCUACAGUGAAGAGUGGAAUGUCCGACGUGCAGUGUCCCACUGGCUCCGCCUCCGAGCUCUGUGUGGUCCUGAACGAUGAGAAGGUGGAUGGGGUGUGGCUGAAGGAUGGGAAAGAGGUGACAGACAUGAGUGGGAUACAGGUGGUGAAACAGGGAGCUGUGCACAAGCUGAUCUUCAGCAACGUGGGCGAGGAGCACGAGGGCAAGUACACCUUCAGGGCCAAGGGAGCUGAGAGUGAGGCAGUGCUGUCCAUCGCAGACCCGCCAACCAUUGACGCCACCAUGCUGGAGGUGCUGGCCUCACACCCGGUGACGGUGAAGGCGGGACAGACCGCCACCAUCAAGAUCCCCUUCAAGGGCAAGCCCCUGCCCAAGGUGACAUGGUACAAGGACGGCAUUGAGAUGACAGAGGAUGAGCGCACCACGGUGGAGCGGGAGGCGGACUCUACCACACUGGUGCUGAGCAAGUGCGUGCGUGAGGACAGCGGAGCCGUCAUGCUGCGCCUCAAGAGUGACUGCGGUACUGCCAUUGCCAACCUGCACCUCAACGUUGUGGACCACCCCAAGCCACCACAGGGCAAGGUGGAGUUCCUGGAGCGCACAGGCAAGUGCAUCACAAUGAAAUGGAAGGCACCACGUGACAACGGGGGCAAGCAGGUGACCAGUUUUGUCAUCGAGAGGCGUGUGGCUGGGAAGAAGUCCUGGAUCAAGGUUGGGGAGGUGGACAGCAGCACCACCAGCUUCAGCAACGAUAAGGUGGAGGAAGGCAAGGCCUACCAGUACCGCAUCCGUGCUGUCAACUCCCAGGGCACAAGCGAACCACUGGAAACUGAGGAGGUGUAUGCUGGAGAACCAAUUGAGCCCCCCAGCACAGUAUCUCAGCCCCAGAUUGCAGAUGUGACCAAGGAUGCGGUCACGGUCACCUGGGCCCCCCCUGCCCAAGAUGGCGGUGCACCAGUGCUGGGCUACAUCAUUGAGAGGAGGAAGAAGGGCAGCAGCAUGUGGGUCCCAGUCAACAAGGAGCUGGUCCAAGACACCAAGUUCACAGUGGACGGGCUGGUGGAGGAUGUGGAGUAUGAGUUCAGGGUCACUAGUGUGAACCGGGCGGGGCCUGGCGCUCCCAGCACUGCCUCAAACUCUGUCCUGGCAAAGGAUCCUAUCCGUGCCCCUGGGCUAGUGAAGGACCUGCAUGUGACUGACUCAUCCAACUCCUCCAUCUCGCUGGGGUGGUCCCCUCCAGAGCAAGGCGACGAACCCUCAGGGUACAUACUGGAGGUGCGCCCAGAUGACGCCAAGGAGUGGACAAAGUGCACCAAGAUACCCAUCACUGGCACCAGCUACACUGUGGGAGGCCUGCAGGAGCGCAUGAAGUACUUCUUCCGCAUCCGUGCUGUCAAUGAGGGUGGGGUUGGGGAGCCCAUCGAGUUGGACCAGGGGGUGCUAGCCAUGCCGCCCCCAGCUGCUCCAAAAUUCGAUCUCCAGGGCAAACUGAAGAACCAGAUGGUGCUGCGAGCAGGAAUGGCUCUGUGCAUCCAUGUCACCUUCACUGGAUCCCCUCCACCAGUGGUGACAUGGCUGAAGGAUGGAAUCCCCACCAAGGGGCGCGAGGCCAUCACCAAGGGCAACAAGCACUCCCAGUUCCUCAUUAGCUCCUGCCAGCGCUCGGACAGCGGAGUCUACCGUGUCCACCUCCGCAACGACUAUGGAGAGGUGCACUAUGACGUCAAUGUCCAUGUUGUGGAUUUCCCACGGUCCCCCAGGAAUCUGCAGCUGGUGGAGGAGGUGCCGGGGACUGUCACUCUGCACUGGCAGCACACCCCCGACUUGGCGGAUGACGAAAAUACUCACUACAUCAUCCUGAAGAGAGACACCAGCACAGCCACCUGGUUCACUGCUGCCGACCGUGUCUUCAGCAACAAGUACACUGUCACUGGCCUGCUGCCUGGACGCAAGUACUACUUCCGGGUCAUCGCCCGCAACAACAUUGGUGACAGCGACCCCCUGGACUCCAAGGAGCUGUUCUCCAUCGCCAAGGAGAAAGAGCAUGUGAGCUUGAACAUGAAGGAGUACAAGGCCAAGGAACGCUCCGUGAAGCCUGAAUUCAUCCUGCCCUUAAAGGACCACGCAGUCCGCCGUGGUUAUGACUGCACCAUGAGCUGCGCCUUCCUGGGCAACCCCCUGCCGCAGGUGUCUUGGUACAAAGGCGACGUCAAGAUCUCUGAGAGCCCGCGGUUCUGGCAGACCACUGCCAACGGGGUGUGCACCCUCACCAUCCCAGUCUGCAGCGCCAAGGACAGUGGGGACUACACCCUGGUCUUGGAGAAUACGCUGGGCAAGGCCCAGUGCAAGUGCAACCUGGUCAUAUUCGACAAGGAUGACAAGAGUCUUCUGGAAAGCCUGACGGAUGCCAGAAAAGGGAAGCACAUAAUGUGAGGAAAGAUAUGGUCAAAGGAAGACAGGGGGCGUUGUUGUUCCCGCCCCUUCCAACAGCCUAAUCCCUUAGUGUUCCCUUCAAAAAAGGUUCCAGUCUUCAGUGGUUCAGAUCUGAACUUCAUAUCCUUUCCCUCUCCCCAUUGUCAUACUGCAUCAUCAGGCAAG